UUCAUACAUGUAUUUUAACAAACUCUCUCCUGACACACUGGGAUGCUGGACUGGACUCAUGUGCCGUGCACACCAACAUGGCGGAACCCAUGGAGCUGCUCUGCUGGGGAGGCGACUGGGAUCUGCCAUCCGUGCACACAGACUCUCUCAUCGUGCUGGCAUAUGCAAAAUUUUCAGGUGCAAAGCUUGCAGUAAAGUCUAUUGACUGGUCAUGGAGGACUAUCACAGCAUCUGUGCCACAACUACACUGUGAGGGAUCCACAGUCACAGAACCAACACAAAUUCUAAACUUCCUACGAAAACGGAGAUUCAAUGCAGACUAUGAGUUGACAGCUAAGCAAGGUGCAGAUACAAUGGCUUAUAUCGCCCUCCUGGAAGAAAAGCUGCGGCCAGCACUGCUGCACACAUUCUGGGUGGACGCAGAGAACUAUGCUAACCUGACCCGACCCUGGUUUACGUCACAUUCCCCGUUCCCCCUUAACUUCUUUGUACCCGGUCGACAGGCCAGCUUGGCUCUGUCCCGCAUCUUACUGACCAAAGCAGAGUCACCAUUGCUGAACAUAACAGAAGUAGAGGGAAAGAUCUACAGUGAAGCCAAAGAGUGCCUGAAUUUGCUCUCCCACAGACUUGGGAACUUCCAUUUCUUCUUUGGAGACACGCCUACAAGCCUGGACGCCUUUGUCUUUGGCCAUAUCGCCCCUCUAAUUAAAGCCCCUCUACCCAGUGGGCAGCUUCAGAAGCACCUGAACCAACUUGAUAACCUCUGUCAGUUCUGCAACACCAUCCUUAAAAACUACUUUACUGAUGCCUCUGCUGAGAAGAGAAUGGACUGCUCACCUACGGCUACCCAUGAUCCUGUCGAUGCAAACCUCCAGAAACUGACACAACUUGUUAACAAAGAGUCCAACCUUAUUGAAAAGAUGGAUGACAAUCUUCGCAGCAGUCCACAGCAUAGACCGCACAGACAUGAGACCAAACCCUUGGCCCUGGCCGGCGAGAGGAACUUGACCCCUCCCUAAUAAACCCCUUCUAUCUAAGCACUGGCUUUACCAUAAUUUAUUUAUUUUCCAUUGAAAUGGAAGUAUGUCCAAAUGAUAUUUAUAAUUUAACAUACGUAUGCUAAAUUAAUAAUAAAUUAAUGCUAGUUUUCCAUGAUGAAGUUGUUGAAAUGUGUUACAAAAUCUAACACUCAAAUCAACAACAACAACAUAAAGGGCUUGUUAAAUGGGCAUUCUUCAUCUGUUAUAUUUAAAAACCAUAAGCACAUAUGGUAACUACAUAUGAAAAUGCUUUUUAGUAGCCUAAUAUAAACAUUGAGCUGACAAUUGAUGACUUGAGAUACAAAUACUAUAGUUUAAAAGAGGAGUUGCAUUUUCCAUUAUCAUUGGCUUUUCAAACUUUGAAUGCACUUGCUGGCUUUCCAAAUGCAAAAGGAUCUGUGUGUUUUAUGAUGUUAUUUAUUUUUCAGUCCUGCCCCAGCACAAUUACAGGUACGUUAAAAGCUUUAUGGUUUACAUACUAGGUGUUCAGCUUUUAUUCCAUGGUUUCAUCAUAGAAUUGUUUAUAAUAAUCAAGUUAGGAGUUUAAAUUUCUACAUCUUUAAGGUUCAUAAUAAGUUUAAUUUUAGUGCACAUGGCAGGUUAAUUAUCACAUAUUGUAGUAAGCAUGUAGAGUCUGCAUUGUGCCUCAUUACAGCAUACUUCUCUCUUAUUUGAUUUGAUCUUUCCAUCGAUUUCACUUGAUUGUGUAACUUUCCACAUUCUUGACUUCUGGUGCAAAGGGAUCUUGACAUCUGAUUUUGUGUACUGUGUAUACAUUUAUUGUUCUUCAUAUUCUUCUGGAGGUUUUAUACAUGCAAGGAAUGCCUUAAAAGUCCAUUGUUGUGCCAUGCCAUGCUAUCACACCUGACUGUAUUUUUAAUGUAAUAGGUCAUUCAUUGUUUCAAAAAAUUGUAUAUUUCAAAAUAUAUCAAUGUAUAGCAAUGUUCAAAUAUAUGUACAUAUAUGCAAUAAAGGGAAGAUCUUUG